GCCGCCGUCGCCAUGUCGCCGCUCACCCGCUCGCUGCUCGCGCUCGCUGUGCUGUUUGCCGUCUCAAAUGCUAAAGUCACGGAAGUCAAUCUAGGAUUGGGUGGAAAUUGCGUUAAAUUCAUUAUAGAUAUUCCUCCGAGGCCUGUACCUUACCAGACUUCACUCACUCGCCCUAAGUUUACAAUGAUGUCCUACGAUACUAGCACACCCCUGAAAACAAUCCACAACUAUUGCGCAGGCUUCAACGAAGAAAUUGCGAGGCAAACAGUAGAAGUGUGCAAUGAUUACGUGCACCCUCCGCCGAUCCCGCUGCGCCCACCUCAAGCGUUCGCGGUUGGUGACAAUGUGGUGUCGCCCGUGUUCGCAUCAUGCUACAAGGACCCCGAGUGUGGACCGCUCUACUUUAAAAUCGAGCAGGAGUGCAGAAAACCAGCAAUCUAAAUAUAUUAGUACCUGGGUUUUUGAGAAAUUUGUCAUGAUUUCUUUGUUUUCUUCUAAAAUAAACGUGUAUUAUUGUGUA